AUGGUAGCAUCAUCGAUCAAUGAAGAAUCCUCUUUGGCGGUAAACUUGACAAGCGAUGUAGAGAAGGCUUCGAAAACUUUGUUUAAGGCAUUCGAAAAGUCAUACGCAAAUGACUACUUGAUGAAAAAGUUCUUCCAUAUCCCAAUCACUGAAAAAGUUUCAAGGGCAAGAAUAAAUGCAAUGAUACAUUACUACACGACGUGCUACCAUGACUUGGAUGGUGAAAUUGCUGAGGCAAAUGAUUUCGAUGCAGUCGCAAUAUGGAGCCGCCCUGGGUGCCACUUGCCUGCUACACUAUCUGACGACGAGUCUUUCAAUAAGAUUUUUUUUUCACGACUUGACUGUGAGGAAGCACGAAGUCAUGCCUCUGGGAAUGGACUAUUACUACCUUUAUGCCAUCGGAAAAGAUCCUAG